AUGGAACUUCACAAAUGUUUAAACGACGCUGACCGCCAGGACAAAGAGGCAGCAAAUCGUAUGGUCCAAGCUCAAUAUAACGAACUCGAUGCACGAGGGCUGAGCAAUUCACCUCCCCUAAAUAUCGGCUCCAUUGGCUCCAAACCCAACAGCUCCGAGGACCACGCCGAAUAUAUGAAAGAGUAUGAGGCGGCUUACGCAAAAGAACGGAACAGAAUUUGGCAGCAAGAGAAAGACCUCGCUUUUGAUUCAAGAUGCCGUGCAAAUGCUACCGCACUCGAACAGCGGGUUGAUCAAAUACUGCAUGAAUUUCGCAGGCAAGAUGAAGACAUGUUUGAGAACCAACCACCACGGUCAGGUCACGGUGGACAGCAACAUCAGAGAUUUGUAGGAGACCACUACUUGUCAAAUGUUGACCUCAUUCCAAAGACAGCUUUAUGGCGUGUGGCAAAGCAAACUCCAAAGGGGAGUCACCUUCACAACCAUUUCAACGCUUGCUUGCCAGCAAGCUUUCUUUUGGACCAAGCAGCACAAAUGCCCAGGAUGUACAUCAUGGGCGACCGCUCCCUGAACCCAGCCAACCUUAAAAUGUGUCAGAUACAAUUCUCCAUCAAAAGCGAAGAAAGUGAGAAAGAUGGGCCCGGUCCGGAAAAUAUCUUUUCACAGGACUAUGAAAGUGGCUGCCUCUGGUCCAUGAAAUUGAGCGAAUUCUUGGGGCAAUCCAAGGAUAGAUUCAAUGGCCUAGAACCCAUGGAGUGGUUGCGGACAAAGGUAGAAUUUGACGAGGAGGAGGUUCAUGGUCCGGAACAAACUCAACGAGGAUCUUGGCAACUCUUUAAUAUGAGGACGAAGCUGAUGAAAGGGCUCUUCAAUUACGAAACAGGCUUUCGAAAGUACACACAAGCGUAUCUUCAAAACCUUGUAGAAGACAAGAUUUUGUAUGCCGAGUUGCGGGUAACCUUCAUGGAAAGCAACUACCUGUUCUCGGAUGACGGUAUAGAACGGAAGAAUAAUUUUGAAAUUGUGCGCAUCAUUGCCGAGGAAUUGGAUCAGUUCAAGGCCUGCUUGACGAACAAGAAUGCGUUUCAUCACGUCAAAGUUAUUUACUGUACACCACGAUCUAUGGAACCAGAAAUGGUUCAGGCUGGCUUGGACGAGUGUAUCAAACUCAAGGAACUGUGGCCAGGACUGAUCGCAGGCUACGAUUUGGUCGGGCAGGAAGGGCCAGCGAAGGAUGUCAAGUAUCCCCUCCAGAAGUUCGCUUACCAGUUUCAUUCAUUCAGACAAAAAUGUGAAGCGAAAGGCCUUGAUAUACCUUUUCUGUUUCACUGCGGUGAAACACUCGAGAUGGGGACUAGUACAGAUGGCAACUUGAUUGACGCGCUUAUGCUGGGUGCAAAGCGCAUUGGUCAUGGCUUCGCUCUGAUCAAGCAUCCGCACAUUAUGCAACAAAUGAAGGCCAAGGGCGUCUGCCUAGAGCUGUGUCCAAUUUCGAAUGAGAUCUUGGGCCUAACGCCUCGAGUGACUGGCCAUUCAAUGUAUCCUCUCCUAGCUAAUAAUGUGCACUGCACUAUCAACGCCGACAACGGAACUCUGUUUCGAUCUUCCUUAUCGCACGAUUUCUACCAAACUCUGGCUGGCAAAGACGAUCUAGGGAUCUACGGUGUGAAGCAGUUGAUUUUGUGGAGUAUCCAACAUGCCUGUUUGGACGACGACGAGAAGCAGCAAGUGCUCAAAAAAUGGGAACAGCAAUGGGCAGAUUUCCUGAAUCAGGUGGUGAAUGACUAUGAUUUCUCAAUAAGGACACCAACGCAAGGAUGA